AAUGACAAUUCAGGAACUCCUGCUGGCACCGCAUGUAGCGCAAAGAAGGAGGCGUAAACACUGACCGAGCUAGGUAGCCAUAAGGGUGAUGGAGAUGAGCAGCAACAGCGAAUGCUUUGGAUGUGGCCGAUCUGGCCAUUGGGUCAAGCAUUGUCCCAAUGCCAGUGGUUCACGUGGACGUGGCAGGGGCCGGGGACGAGGAAAAGAGCUGUUCUGCUAUCGGUGUGGAGACCAGGGACACAUGGCCAGGGACUGUGACCAAACUGAGGAUGCAUGCUACAACUGCCACAGGAGUGGUCACAUUUCUCGGGACUGCAAGGAGCCCAGGAAAGAGAGGGAGCAGCUCUGCUACACCUGUGGCAAAGCCGGCCACAUGGCCCGUGACUGCGAUCACGCCAACGAGCAGAAGUGCUACUCCUGCGGUGGGUUUGGCCACAUCCAGAAACUUUGCGACAAGGUGAAAUGUUACAGGUGUGGCGAGAUCGGCCACGUCGCCGUGCAUUGCAGUAAAGCCAGCGAGACUAACUGCUACAACUGUGGAAAGGCGGGCCACCUGGCGAAAGAGUGCACCAUCGAAGCCACUGCAUAAUCAGCACCCUCUGUUGCCCCUCCUUUUUUUUUUCAGAUUGAUGGUUGGUUGUAUUAUUUUCUCUGAAUCCUCUUCACUGGCCAAAGGUUGGCUAACAGAGGCUAGUCCCAGGCCUGCGAGCCUCUCGUCAUGUAAUACAAUGAAAGGGGUGAAAAGAUAUCUUUCUGCAUUCAAUACAAAAAGUUUUAGUUUGGUAGCGGUGUUAUGUAUAAUGCUUUGUUUAAGAACUCCCCUUUCCAGGCCACCGGCGAUCAGCAAAGGAAAAAAAAUGGGACUAAACAUAACGGGAAUCUGUAGGACUCUGAGCUGUGUGGACAUGCCUCAGUAAAUGAGACAGAAGAAGGGUGUAAAUGGAAACCAAACAUCCAUGUGUGGUUAUUUUGGUUUGUUUUAGUGGAACAUGAGUUGGCCAAGAGAGUACGAUAUGGAAACAGUUCACAAGAUGCAUUUCUGCCCUACAAGCAGCUACAAGUGGGCGAUGACAAACUAUAUUACUAAGAUAUAAAACGUUUUGGAGGUAUUCAAAGAAACAUGCUCUUUUAUAGAAAUCUGUUUACAAUUUAAAUAUCACUUGUUAGUCCAAGGUAGACUUCUUUGUGUUAUUCCUUUUUAAAAUGGCUUUGAAUUUAUUUUUUUUUUCUUGUUUUUACCUUGGCAAAAAAAAAAUCAAAAAAAAAAAAUCCAAGAGCAGUUGAAAGAACAGCAGAAUUAGGAGAUAUUUGGGAAUGACAAAUGUUUUCACAGAAAUCGAAAUAUUAUUUUUGUACAAUAUCACUUAGACUACUGUAUAAAUACCAUUUGCUUGUACUCAGUUUUUAAGUCGGAAGGAAAGUGCAACUGAAGUCCUAGAAAAUAGAAAUGUAAUUUUAAACUAUCAAUAAAGCUGGAGGAGCACGGGGAGAA